AUGGCAUGCCUCCGCGAUUUAAUUAAAAGUAGCCUGCGCAGUGGCAGUAAGGCCAAAAUCACGACGCUGUAUAGGUAUAUUUUUGAAAGCGAAGGCGACAGAAGUAACCGCCAACGACUUAGAGAGUUCUGUGGCUUCGCCUAUAACGAAGGCAGCGCGGAAUUCGAAGUUAAAUCUCAAUACGUGGAUGCAAAUUUGAACGAACGUGACCUGGUCACCAUUUGCAACGUUUUAGGAAUAGACUACAAUAAGGGACACUUACUCGUAGCAAGCGAUGCAGAAAAUCACGACGAUGACGACGACGGCGUUGGCAGCGAAGACGAGGCAGCCAACAGCUACGACGGCGCAGAACAACGUGCUUGUUCUACAUUGCGGAAUAGGAGAAACAACGAUUGUUUUUUUUCUAUCGACGGCAACGAAGGUAGGAAAGAAGCUCACAAAACUGCUGAACGACGGGAAAGAAGGCGUAUUUGUGACGAACGAGAAGCAAGUAUAAGCGCAAGUGAAGCUAACGAAAAUGAAAUGCCAAUGCAAAUGUCGCGGUUUGCAAUAAAUUUUCGUGAUAUUGAAGACUCAGUAAGGCCGUUUGAUGGUACUGACAAAUUGCCAAUAGAUGUGUGGGUAAAUGAAUUCGAAGAAACUGCUACCCUCAUGCGUUGGGAUGAAUUUCAAAAAUUUGUGUUCGCAAAGAAGUCGCUGAAAGGUUUAGCAAGAAUGUUCAUUUUAAGUGAAAGGGGAAUCACAUCGUGGUGUAAACUGAAAAAAGCAUUAAUAGAUGAAUUUCAGGCUGUGUUUAUAAAACGCCUGACAGUCAUUGUAAUUCUUCUGCUGUGCUCUUUUUCUUCUCUCAUUGCAGUGCACUCUUUGCCCCACUUAACUGUGCUUAGCCUAUCCGGUUGCAGUAAACUUACCGACGACGGCGUUGAAUUGAUUGCUGAGAAUCUACAAAAGUUACGUGCCCUCGAUUUGUCUUGGUGUCCGCGCAUCACUGACGCAUCGCUGGAGUACAUCGCCUGUGAUCUGAAUCAGCUGGAGGAGCUGACGUUGGAUAGGUGCGUACACAUCACCGACAUCGGUGUCGGCUACAUCUCUACAAUGCUCUCACUAACCGCACUUUUUCUGCGUUGGUGUUCACAAGUACGUGAUUUCGGACUGCAACAUUUAUGCUCAAUGCGUAACCUACAAGUACUCUCACUUGCCGGGUGUCCACUACUCACCUCCUCGGGUUUGUCAAGCCUAAUACAACUACGUCAUUUGCAGGAGCUCGAACUGACCAAUUGUCCGGGAGCAUCGCAUGAAUUGUUCGAUUAUUUGAAAGAACAUUUGCCACGUUGCUUAAUUAUUGAAUAAUACGUUUGCAAAGCUACAUCAAAGCCGGCGGCGAUGCGGUAUUUGUUGAGGAGAAAAGCAGAAAAUAGACAAACAACUCUGCCACAAAUUGAGUGGAUGUUAAUGAAGAAGACGAUAAUAAUUCUAAUGACGCUGUUGCUAUUGCCAAUGGAAACUAGCAAACCAAAGCUGACGCUAAAAUUGAAACUUAUGAAGCUAUUUAUUAAAAACUUUAAAGGCUGCACUGAAUACUCUAAAUGCAAAUACAACAUAUACAGUUAGAAAAUAAAGACAGAAAAAACCAAAAUCUUUACACUGAAAAGCUAAUUUAUUUUGGAUGAAAAAUUUGUUUGCAUUUUUACAAGCGUCUAUGAAUCAUUGAAAACCAGUAGAUAAAUACUAGAACUUCAUCAAAACAUAAUUUUUUUCUAAAGGAAAAAUGCAAAGAAUUUUUUUAUGCAAUAAAAACGCAUAUGUAGAUUUUGUUGUUAAUUUUCCUAUAACUUCAUUUACCACUUUCACACAAAUUAUAAAAACAAAAUAAAAAUUGUGGUGAAGUAAGUAACGAACUACAUUUAAAGAUAAAAUAUUUAUAUUAUUGCUAAACGAUGUCGAUGUUCCUCAACUUGAAACAAAAAUGUGUAAAAAAAUAUUCUUAAAACUUGAUUCAAAAUAUUUGCCAUUCAGAUUUUGAAAUUCAUAAUUUUAACAAUUUUAGCAAACGUAAUAUAAUUAGCAAAUUAGUUCUAGGUAGUGCUUUUAAAAUAAUUUAAUACAACAAAUUACGGAUACGAGUAGAAGACAGUUUUAAAACGUAGCUAUUUCGUGAUUAUGGGUAAAUUUUAAAGAAAAAGAUUUUGCAUGUACACAUAUUUAUAGGUUUAUUCUGCACGUUACCGGAUAUUUUUAUAUUCUUCUUUUCGAGUAAUAAUAAGUCUGUAACUAAAUUUCUGAGAAUUUGUCAGAUUGUGUUCUUAUAGAGAAAGCUAUCCAAAUAAGUAUGAAAAUACAGAGCUUGCAAGUUUUCAAAAAAAUGAAAAAAAUAAAAAUUGCGAAGUGUGUCUUCAUCUGCACAUUUCUUGUAUGGAAAUUUAUUUUUAUUUAAAAUUUUUCACUAGAGAUUUUUUUAAAUUAAACUUCAUAUUUAUUUAGUGCAUAGGCACAUGAUGAUAGCUGCUAUGACUUGCAACAUAUCUCCUUAAAAUGAAAUCGCACUUUGCGCUCUCAAUUCCCCUUCCUUGCGAAGAUUUUGGAUACGAUACACUGAAACGUGAUAGGUUCUCUGAUGAUAUUAUGUAACAAUUACAAAAAGUAAACAGAUACGUAAACACAAAUAUUGUUACAAUAUACAGUAACUGGCAAGCUGUCACACGAGCAAUGCCGAAUGGUCUGUUUUAGAUAUUAUCGACGAACAUUGUUCUUAGUUUCAUGACACACUAUUAGGUGGACAUUUUUCGCUAUGUACCAAUAGGGGGGUCAAGUCGAAAUGCUGAUAUCGCAUGCCUUGGAGAGCAUUAUUGAAAUAUGCUUUGCAGUUAAACUAAAUUUAAUUGCCCUAUGUUCCAACUAGGAACCACAGGAAAGCAAGUAAGUAAGUUUAAAUGCCCAAUUUCGCAUGCAUAAUCUCGGAUAAAAAAAAUUCAAUAAUUUCAUUUGAGUGUAUUGAAAACAAUUUUUUUUUUGGUAAACAAACUUUCCAUUUUGACUUAUUUCUGUGUAAGGGUUAAUUUCAUUUGACUGUAUUGAAAUUUUUUAUUUUUUGUAACCAAAUUUUCCAUUUUGCCUUAUUUCUGACGUUUAUGUUGAAUUUAGAGCUUUGGUGUAUCUAAAGAUAAAUAGUAACAUUUUAUGGUAAAUAUAUAUUUUAACUCGUUAUAUCCCUGUGAUAUGAGUUUUUUCACACAAGAGGCCCAUCUAUUGAGAAGUUAUAUAUAUAACUAGCUUUAACCCACGGCUCCGCUCACGUAGGAGUAGUUUCGAGGGACUUAGGAUAUGUAUAUGAAAGAAUUACAAACAAUAAUAAAUCAUUUUUUAUUAAUAACCAUAAUCUUACAAUACCCGGCAUCCGUUGCUAUGCUUCGUUGAAUAAAAUCAAAACAACCAAUCAGAAAAAUAUCAAGCAAAAUUAUUUUUAUUAAUUUUCUAUCUCAAGCCGUUUUUUAAAACUUUGCAUUUGGGUCAUAGUUGAACAGCUUAUGCGGAUUAUGAAGUCUAGAGUGUGCUAUAAAUAGUGGGAAAUAGGAAAAACUAAGAUUUUUUAGAUUAAAUUUAAGCAAAUAUUCGAUUAUUAGUGACGAAUGAGAAAGGUGGGACGGCCUGGGGUCUGUGGGAAGGGAAUUCCAUCAUAAAAACUUGCCUAUAAGCUUCAUUGGGUGACAAUAUGAAUGUAUAAAAAUUUUUACGUCAUUUGGUGUUGUCGUUUCGUAGUGAUGCGCGGACAACGUACAGACAUUCACCUUUAUAGUAUAGAUUGGCACUUACACCCUUUUUGGGUGGUUUGUCAAGCUCCACCUCCUAUUUGUGGCGUGCGUCUUGGUGUUGUUCCACAGGAGUUAUGGGACUAAAAUGUUCUCCGUUAUUGUCUAAACAGAACUACUGAACACAUCAUAUAUCUAAAACUAGGAUCUAAGGAUCACAUAGUUUCCUAUGCCGAUUUACCAUAAGAACUCGCAAAUGGGUAAAAAAUUGGACCUAAAAUAAAAUUCAGACCUACACUUUCAAAUCGUCGAUAUAUUCAAGUAUGUUUUCUUCCCCCUUUUACAUAAUUCGUUGUCCGAUCACGUCAUUUCCUAUGACUAUUUGCCAUAAAACUGUGUAAAAUGUCUUUGACUCACCCGAAAAAAAUUCAGAAGUUCACUUUCAAGUCGAUACGCAUAUAGAUUUUUUUGCCCUUAACCAAAAACCAUUGUCGGGUCUCUUUUAUUUUAUUUUUCUGUUGUACAGAAUAAUUGAACCAGCAAUGCUUUAAACAUGCAUCAUCCCUUCAAAAUGGCCACCGCUAUUGUCAAAUAACGUAAAAGAUCAGAUUGGUAGCAUUACAUUACUUAGGGGACCUCUUUUUAUGUAAUUUGCGUUGGCGUUUUUAGCCAAAUAAAUAUAAACUUUUGCUUAAUAAAAUACGUAUAUUUUAAUUUGUCUUUUAUUUAUUUAUUCUUUUUUAUUGAUUUAUUAAUUUAUUCAUUCAACUGAACAAUAAAUUAAAAAAUUACUUUAAACUCAUUAAGAUAAUUGUUUAGUAGACUACGUAAUAUAGCACGUUGAGUAUAGUAUUUCAUAUAAUGGGUGAGAAAUCGCCAGCGCUUUUAUUUGCCAUUACCAAAAGUUAUGUUACCGGUGCAGAAUAGACUUACUUACUCUUAGAACUUUGUGCAGCAGAAAACACAAAAUUCAUCAUACACCUACAUAAUGCAAAAAGUAAAUGUUAAUUACACAAAAGGUAUACUAUAAAAAAUAAAUGUUUGUGUUAAGUAAAGCAGCGCAAGCGUUUUUUAUAUACUGCUACAGUGUAGCAUAUCCAUGGGCGCGAUGUGUAUUACCCCAUUGCUAUACUUUUAAAACAAAAUAUUAAAGACCGCUUGAAAGUCAAUGGAUAUUGGUGUAAAUAUUUAAUUUAUGCUGUAAAGUACUUUUUAGCACAUAUAUAAUUUUUAAUAUUAUACCAAACUAGUUUUCUUUUAAAUAAAUAAAAUUAUAUUAUAUUUAAUAUUUAAUUUAUUUGCUGUGAUUUUCAUUUUAUGUUAAGAUAUACCGAAAAAAUGUGUUAAAUAAAAUAAUGCGCCAUACCAUUUAGCGCAAAAAUGUAGGCAAUGAAAAAUGUUUGCAUGUAUGUAUUGCCAAAGCGAACCGAAAGAUGUAUGUAUGUGUAACUAUUAACACUAACAGAUUUAUUUUUCUCUGCAAACAAGCCAUAAUGCAACUUACUUACAUGCAUAUACAAAUAUUGAUUAAUUGCUGGUCAAAUAACCUAACGAAAAUACUACUUGUUGUAUGUAUGUAAUUGCAGUAAUUGCAAAAAAUAUGUCGAAAAAUGCAAGAUAUUGAAAUGGCAUCUCUAAUGCUUUCAGCCAUAUGAAAUUUUCAUUUAAAUAAUCUAUUUACCUAUAUACUCGCAUAUACAUACAUACAUACAUAGGGACAUUUUUCAAUGAUUAUGCUAAUUAAGUUUAGUUUUAGGUAAACUGUGAACACUUAUGUUCCCCAACAAGUCAUGAAUCCGCCCAAUUAGUUUGUAUGCAUACAAUAACAUAUUUACUUUACACAUACAUAAAUAUUUACAAACACACAGUUCAGCAUUACUGGACAAUGAAAUAUACUUAUACAUACAUACAUAUGUGCAGCGAGAUCAAUUUGAGUGUGAAAUCAUUUAAGCAUUCUUACGUACUUGCGCACUCGUAUAUGACAUUAAAUAUAUACACAUACAUUCAUACAUACAUACCGAAGUAUAUUUGCCGAAACUCCUAGUAGUAGUAAUGGCACCCUAACCUCACAAAAAGUUUACUUGAAAUCUUAUAUGGCAUGGCACAAACAUUAAAAACAGCGUUCGGAAAAUUUUUAACAUUUAUUUGAAUUAAAGGAAUAUAUAACCUUUGGCUUACACUCAGAAUAUUUUUGAUUCAAAGGCUCGUAUACCUUUUGUUUUUAGCUUUCAUUUUGACAGAUGUGGUUCUCGUAUGUAUGAGUAUAUCUCACAAAAACAUCUAUGCUCUCAGAAGUUCGCAAAAUAAGUAUGAUGGUCACUACUAAUUUUUAUGCCAACCAGGCACUGCCGUAAGAGCCUGUAGAUGACUUCACACUGAAGUCCAAAUAUCAACCAAAUAAAGGAAGCAUUUUAUCUAAAUUCCAUCCUUGAGCUCAACUUAAUUUUAAAAAUAUGUAAAAUUGGAAAAUUUCCAUAAUUAUCUAAGAUUCAUAUUAUCAUUGGAAUAAUGUUUGAAACAACAAAAACAAGUAGCAAAUGCAAGCUUUGGAAAAGAGGCAAAACCACCGAUCUGAGCAUAAUUUCUUCGGUCACAGCUAUAGAUAGGAAUUUUAAAGCUUCUACAUUAACAUUUAAAUCGUGCAGAAACAGUAAUUUGUUGAAGAGGGGAUAGAGAUCUCCAAAUUAUCAAUAACAAUGUUGGUUUUUCUAACUUCAUGGAAAUAAUUGGUCUUGCAACUACAAAUGAACAAAUGAACCCUAUAGAAUUUUCAUUAGAGCCAAAAUAAGUGCUUGGGAGGACUGAGUACAGCAGUUAACAAAACGAAACCAAUAUUAUUUAUAGGUUUUUGUAAAAGAAUUUCACAUUUAACUAAAAUUCAAAAGAAUUAAUGUCGAUGCAUUCACCUCUGUUGCUGUCCUUAAGAUUGUUGAAAUCGAGGCACAUUGAACAAGUAGAACCGUGGAGUAAACAAUAAGAGCAAGUCUUUUUUUGUUGCUUGUAUCAAAAUCUAUAAAUAAAAACUUACAGUUUAGAGUAAUUUAAAUUUAGUAAAUCAAAUCAAUUGCGCUACUGUUACUUCAAUGUGACUUGCUAAACAUUUAAAGAUGGGCACAAAAAUAUUUCACGGAAUUGUGUGCGUUAUGCAUGCAAAUUCAUACAUUUGAUAAGCUUUGAAUAAAUGCAAGCAUCCAUCAAAUGUGAAAUCUCAGAACUUAGUGUGACCUUUCGCGCUUUGAUGCUUGCGGCUUUCAGACCAAUUUGUCUAAAUAUGAAUAAUUUAUUCAAUAUUGAAAACUUUAGCAAUACUUUUGGUGUAUUAUAACCUCUCGUCUUGGAAGAUUACUGGUUAGGCGAAAAUUACUCAACUAGGCACAAAGCGCUUCAAACUUUUCCUAAUUAUUUAGAAACUCCUAUCAAAACAGCGCUUUGGUGGUACUUGAGGAGUGCCAGACUGGCACUUCAACCAUUUCACCUAGAAACUCCUAGUUUACGUGCUCACUUUUUUGUGCUAUAUUAAAUGGCAGUAUUCAUAACCUUAUAUGCCAAAUUUAUUCAAAUUCUUAAGGUAAUGAGUCCGUACAACUACCAAGCAUUUAUUGAAACUUGAAAUAAUGAGAUUUCUUCGAAGAUUGACAGAAGCUGUUUUAAUGCGAAUGAGUAUUCGAGAGUGGCAAAUUUAGAAAAUAAUAACUAGAAUUUUUACUUUAUUACUUAUUGCAAGUUAUUCUGAAUAUUAUCUUAAACAAAUGUAAGCGACAACUUCUUAAAUAAAAGCAGAAUAAUUGAUCACGUUUUGAGUAACGAAUUAGUAGUUCGCUGCACUCAAAGUUGCUUCCGAUAAGCUUGUUAAUUAGCUUAAACUCUUUAACGCUGUUCUUUCAAAACUUUAUGUACGACAAUGAAAUAAAUUGUGUAGUAAUCUAUUAGAGACGAAUUAAAAUUUGAAGAUUUAAAAAACCCAUUUAAGGAGAUAAAUAAACCAAAUUCUGAUGGAAUAAAUUAUUUAUACAAAAUAAAAGAAAUUAAUUUUAUUGUAAAGAACCAAUUAAAAUGCAUUGUUUAGAAAAGAGUUUUCUCAUAUAAAAUUAAAAUUUCAUUGUAACAAAACAUACCCAAAUAUGCAUACCUAUUUCAAAUACGCAGAUAAAUAUGAUUAGGAUUUCUUGUAAAUUACUUUUGAGUAAACAAAUUAUGAAGUAGCCGUAGGUGUGAUUGGGGGAAAAGUGAUAACGGUAAUCGAAAUUUGCGUUUGAAAAGAGAAAACAGAGAGGAAGGCAUAACCUGCCAAAAAGAUUACAGUGCAAUGAAGAAGUGUAAGAAAAAAAAACUUAAAACUUUUGCAUGAAAUAGCUUUACAAUUUUACCGUAGAUCAUCGAUAAAACAAACCAAAAGUAGUGAAGAAAUAAAUAUACUUAUAGAAGAGCGUAUGCCGUUGUGAAAUGGACAGUCAUAUACACUUCAAAUCUGUAGUUAGAAUAAAUGAACGCAAUUACAGAGAUAGAUAUAUUAAAAGUGAAAGCUAUAGAGAAAAUGUAAGUAGCAGUUUGAGAAAAGGCAUUGUGAGAGCAAAGAAGUAUCUCUUCUCCGUAAGAGAAAAAAUAUAAAGCAAACAAAGAAAGAAAAUUGGAACGAGUAAGAUGUACAAAAAAGAACUGAUAAAUGAAAAACCAAAUAAAGUAGAGAGGCAAUGCAAAUGAAAGAGGAAGUUAAAGAAAAAGGAAAAUUAAGCGGAAAAGAAAAAAUAAAAAGCAAAAAGGAAAGAAAAGAGGUAAAGACGGGAAAGCAAGGAAAAAAGGAAAACUAGAAGGAAAAGGAAAAGAAAGAGAAGAGGAAGGGGAAAAGGAAAAGAUAUAGAAAAAGGAAAUGAAAGUGAGAAAGGAAAAGGAGGGAAAAAGAAAAAUAUAAGGAAAGGAAAGGAAAGGAAAGGAAAGGAAAGGAAAGGAAAGGAAAGGAAAGGAAAGGAAAGGAAAGGAAAGGAAAGGAAAGGAAAGGAAAGGAAAGGAAAGGAAAGGAAAGGUAAGGAAAGGAAAGGAAAGGAAAGGAAUAGAAAGAAUGGCAAACGGAAAGGGUUACGGAAAAUGAGAGGAAAAGGGAAAGAAAAAGGAAAAAAGUAGAAAUAAAAAUAAAAGGAGAAGGAGAAGGAAAGGGAAAGGAAAGGGAAAAGGAAAAGGAGAAGGAAAAAGAUAAAUAAAAGGAAAAGAAAAUGGAAAAGGAAAGAGAGUAGGAAAGAUAAAAGGAAAAGGAAACUGUAAAUAAAAAUAAUAAGAAAA